AUGAAGCUAUUUUCUAUUCUAUUCGUUUUGCUGGUUCCUUUAUUUGUUGUAAAAAGUGAAACUGACUACGGUUUCAUGCCGACAAAAUGUGAAAUCUGCGCUUUGGUUAGUAUGGAGUUCGACCAUCAGUCCGCAAAGGUGCAUAAUAGGCUAACAUCGGAGUUUGCUGAUCUCACGGAGAAGAUAUGCGAAGGAUUCAAUGAGUUCAAAAUUCACAAAGAAAAAAGUGGAUUGGAGCGAUUUUCAAGAGCGCCAUCGAAGACUAUCGAAACAUUGAAAGAAAUGAGGAACAAAGGAGUAAAGGUUGAACUCGGCAUGCCAUACGAGAUGUGGGACCAGCCUCCUGCAGAAAUCAUCGCACUUCGUCAAGGAUGUGAGUCCAUUCUGGAAGACUACGAGGAUCUGAUCGAGGAGUGGUUCCUGCAAAAACUUCAUCUGAAGCAUCUUCUGAAUCAAUUAUGCUCACAAAACUAUAUCAAACGUGGUGACAGGAGUUGUUAUGCGGAUAUUGUAGAAGAAAAGGAAUUGUGA